CUCAGAGUGUCUGUACUGUACUGGAGGGAGCAGGCCGGACUCACCAUUACAGUCCAGGGCCCCUCAGGCUGCUGGUUCUGUCCCAGUGAUUAAUGGCAGCCAUUACCAGCGUUUUGAGGCUGGCAGUAUCCAGCAAAAUGUGUUCUUUGAAUUUGUUCCCUCUACCUCUUCCUCGUGGAGAUAUGAUGCUGUAUGAACACAACAAUAAAAUGAUGCCAUGGCAUACAAGUAGCAGCCCACCCUCUUCCUUUAAUACUUCACUGGUAAAUGUUCCAGAAAUUACAAUUCCUCUAGAUUCAGUGAAGGUUCCAGGUAGAAUGGAAAUGAACAGCAAAGCGGCAUUUAUUCAUCAUAAGGAGAGCGUGUGGAAGAGAUGCUUGAAUUCAUGGAAGCAAAUGGGACUUGCUGGGAUGCUUGAGGAGAUAUCUAACUCUGAAGGAGAAGUGCCACAAUGUUUGUGUCGCGUGUCCUGCUGCUGCCUUGCUUUAUGUCGCUGGUUCUCCUCUUUCCAUGGGUCGCUAUUCCCACACCUGUCAAUGAAAAGUGAAGAUCUCACAGCAGAAUUCUCCCAAGGUCGUUACUGGACCACUUGUUCACUCAGAACUUUAGCUUGUCAUCCUCACACAAACAAGUUUGCCUUGGCUCUUGUAGAUGACUCCAUUCGAAUAUAUUCAACAGGAAGCUCAGUCACACCCAUAUUAAAGCAUCGUCUACAGAAGGAUGUGGCCAGCAUGGCGUGGAAGCCUUUGUGUGCAUCUAUAUUGGCUGUAGCCUGCCAGAGCUGUGUAAUUGUGUGGCAUGUAGACCCCACCUCCUUAUCAACAAGGCCUUCCUCUGGCUGCUCACAGAUCCUUUCACACCCAGGUCACAGUCCAGUCACUAGUGUUUGUUGGUCCCCUAAAUGUGGGUUGUUGCUGUCUUCAUCUCCUGUGGACACAGCCAUGUUGGUGUGGGAUGUGUCUACUGAGACCUGUGUACCACUUCAGAGAGUUGGAGGAGGGGGCGUUACAUUCUUGUCUUGGUCUCCUGAUGGCAGCAAGGUGCUUUCUGCAACACCAUCCCCUGUGUUCAGGGUAUGGGAGACCCAGAUGUGGACAUGUGAGCGAUGGCCAACGCUUAAAGGCCGUUGUCAGACUGGCUGCUGGAGCCCAGAUGGAAGUCGCCUACUAUUUGCAGUGCAAGGAGAGUCUGUAAUAUACAGUCUGUCCUUUACUGCUCCUGAAGGUGAGAUGCACUCCUCUGUUGGUGGAAGUCGAAGUGCAACAGUUGUCGCUGAUGUAUCUGAAACUAUUUUCGACACAGAGAUGGGGGAAAUCAGAAUUGGCGGGGAAAUCCAGUCUAUGGUUUGGGAUCCGAGUGGAGAGAGGCUUGCUGUGCUGCUGAAAGAGAACCCCAAUGAUGAUACAAGUGCAUCGGUGAUUGCUGUUUACAGGACAAAGAACAGCCCCAUAUUUGAGCUGCUUCCUUGUACCUUCCUUCCAUGCAGAGUGGGAGAGGAUCCGCACUUUAUGCAGUUUCAUCCGUGUUUCCCAAAGGGGGCACUACUCACCGUGCUCUCAAGCUCUGGUCGCCUGUUCCAUGCGCCCUUCUACUUUGUCAAUGCACAGCAUCCGCGGUUUAUUCCAGAGACUGAAACCAUGUUGGUAGCAGAUGAUGGCAGUGCAAAAGACACACCUUUGCUUUUUACACAAAACUAAAUGUUUGUGAAAUCAAUCUGCUUUUGUUUUAUGUGCUUUAUAUUAUACAUAACAAGCACUACAAUGUUUAGAUUAAAACAUGAGACUAUAGUAGUUAAGAGAAGUAUGACCAAAGCUUUUUUGGGUAUACUUCUCUUGUGGGUCACAGAAGUACAUAUUACACAUAUUGCCAGGAUCUGCUCAGCUCCCCGAUUCUCAGCACAUGGCUGAUAUCUAGCCAGCCCAGAUAUUUAAUUUGCUGACUUUAAAUGUAGCGUCUGGUCACAGAACAGCACUGGUUUUAAGUCAAAAACAAAAAGUAACUUUAAAAUAAACUGCUUCAGCUGCCGCACCUGUAUACUCUACAAGGCCUGAGCCUCUUGGAUUAGCAGUUACUUUGUCAUACCAUAAAUCAUCAUAUAUAUUUUUUGGGGGAAAAAUACUUUAAUUGUAUUGUUUUCCUAAAAGUAUUCCUUUUGAGUAUACGAAGGAAAAAAAAGUUUACCAGUUUUAUAACUAUUUCUAUUGUGAUAUGCCCCAUUUGUAGGGACAAUAAAACAGUUUCUUGUAAAAAGCAUUGUGACAUUAUUUGCAAAUAAAAUUAAAGGUCUUUUUAAAAUGUA